GUGACAUGAUCUGUUCUGCUCCUUUCACCCGAAUACUACAAAAAUAUGCAUCUGCAGAUAUCCUUCUCUGCAAUAACUAACCUAGAGCUUCUAUUCAUAUACUUAUAUCUGUUAUCUAUGCCCCUGCUGACGCGGGCCAGCCAGAUAUGACAGCAAUGUCACGAAGGUGACGCUAGCGAAUCAUUUUCACUUUCAAAAAAGUACCCAAAUAUCCAACGCAAUAUAACAAAUUGAACAAACCCAAUGAUGGGAGCAAAAAGUACCCCGAAACCCGUAACCAAAUCUGGUAAAAUAUUCUCUGCCCAUAUUAAUAAAAAAUACUAUUACUCAUACAAUAUUUGUUUACAGGAUCAUUUUUUUUUAUAUCUCUCUUUCAUAAAGUCGAAAAGAGUCACUGUUGUGCAUAUGAUGAUGGCUAAGCCUCACAAACUCGUGCCUUUCUACGCUACACUUCUCGACGCUUGUUCUUCCUCGAAGCACUUGAAAAAUCUAAAACGAAUCCACGCGCUAACCAUUACCUUAGGCAUUUCACGCAAUGACUUCAUUCGAAGCAAGCUUGUGUCUUCCUACGCUUGCUGUGCCCAAUUGCACGAAGCCAAUAUCCUCUUUUCUUUCACCAUUCGCCAACCCACUUUCCUCUUUAACUCUCUCAUCAGAGCUUAUUCCUCUCUCAACUUGUUCUCCCAAUCCCUCUGCAUCUUUCGCCAAAUGGUGCUUGCUCGGAAACCCUUUGAUCGUCACACCUUACCCGUGGUGCUCAAAUCUUGUGCCGGCUUAUCGGCUCUGCGGCUCGGGCAACAAGUCCAUGGAGCAGUUUUGGUUAAUGGGUUUGGCUUAGAUUUGGCAAAUUCGAAUGCUUUGAUAAACAUGUAUAGUAAGUGCGGACAUUUGGUAUAUGCACGCAAGCUGUUUGAUAGAAUGUGGCAAAGGAAUGAGAUUACGUUUUCAACUAUGAUGGCGGGUUAUGGAAUGCAUGGGAAGUGUGGGGAGGUGUUUGAGCUGUUUGAUAAAAUGGUGGAGGCGGGGGAGAGGCCAGAUGGUGUGACUUUUACUGCAGUUUUGAGUGCAUGCAGUCAUGGGGGGUUUAUAGAUAAGGGGAGGGAAUAUCUUAAGAUGAUGGAGGUGAGGUUUGGGGUUAAACCUGGAUUGCAUCAUUAUACGUGCAUGGUGGAUAUGUUGGGGAGGGUUGGACAGGUGGAGGAAGCAGAGAAGUUAAUUUUGAGAAUGGAGGUUAAGCCCGAUGAAGCUUUGUGGGGUGCCUUGUUAGGAGCAUGUAAAACUCAUGGGAAGCUUGAGGUGACUGAGAGAGUAGAAGAGAGGGUUUAUGGAAGGGAAUUGAGUUUUGCAUCGUCGGUUUGACUUUAUUGUUUGACUUUAUUGUACGUGGUAUUUGCUGAUGAGAGAAAGCGUACAACUUAAGGAUAAUUAAGCAUGCACAUGUAUCUUGCUUGGCCAUAGUUUUAACUUUGUAUUCAUUAUUAUAUAACCAGUUUUGAUCGAAUCUUUCAAAUUUA